ACGAUUUUGUGCUACAUAAUGUUUUUGCGGUUAAUCUGGUUAAAAAGUAAAGGCGAGCAAAUGAUAUAUGACAAGAUGGAGAUUAUCAUUUUUACUGAAUGUUUUUAUUUUUGUGGGUUUGCGUUUAGUUCUUGUUUUCGAAAAGACAAAGUUUGAGAUGGGUUUGGAUGGGGAUUUCCACCGUUUUUCUCUUGUAUGUCGUUUGUGUGUGUGUGUGUGUGUGUGUGUGUGUGCGAUAGUUGUGAUGAUGCUCUUGAGGUUUGAUAUUCUGAUUCCGAGUAGUUUUGUGUCUGUGGGUUGCGGGAAACUAAAGUUCAAAAGUAAAAUAUAAAAAAAAAAAGGCAGUGAUAAAUGUUUUGUUAAAAAGGAAUUGUUAAAUGAAUGGCUUUGAAUCAUCUCGGCCCAUGUAGGUGUGCAGUGCAAGAUUAUCAACUUUAAGUAUGUGGAGUGCUUCUGGCGCUCGAACACAUCGGCAACGAACUACACCUUCAGCAAUUUCUAGGUUAUCCCUCAGUAGACUGUCCAGAAUACAUAAUGGAGCACAAUUACACCGUAGGCUGCAGAACUCCGCUCCAAGACCCGAAACUGAGGUUUACAGAAUUUUCUACAAAUAGAUCGGCUGCAAGAAACCACACUUUCUCGAAAACGUUUCAUUCCCUCAGGAGAGAAGUGCAGCUAAACCCACCCUAUAACCUCUCGGUGGUGUGGAAUGAGCAGGACAGCACACUUUCACUGCAGUGGAACAGCAGUUCCCCCCUCCAGAACUGUGUAGUCUAUAUGGUGCGCAACCAGAAAGACACGAGACAGGUGAGACGAGACAUCUCAUAUGACGAUCAUUUUGCAUUCAAAUUGCCAAUUGUCUCUUCUUCAUCCCUCUUUUGCUCCCAGCCCAUAAACGUGACGGGAACGUCAUACACACAGUCUCCAGUCUCGCAGAACAAGUCCUUUGUUUUUCAAGUGCGGAGCACCGUUUCUGAGUUAUGCGGCGGGUCAGAUCUCUGGAGCAACUGGAGCACUCCCGUGGAGGCGGGCACUGGGAACAGCAGACCAGGCGGUUGGCAGGGGUUCUAUGGUGUUCUGCCAGUCCUUCUGUGUCUUCUGGGUUUGAUGCUGUGCUAUUGUGAGAGGAAAAGGACCAUUUUACUUCCAGCCGUGCCUGACCCUAGCAAGAACCUACAGGAUUUAUUUCAUAAACAUGAUGGAAAUGUUGAGAGCUGGGUUCACAUCUCCAAAGAGCUGAAGGAAGCCUUUGAGCCUGACUACACCGAGCCGUCCUGUGACGUGUGUGAGGUUAUGCCCUCUUGUCCCACACCUGAUGCCAGUCCUGCUUCUCAAACUGACAACUGUGAUGAACCAAGCACUGAAGAACAACCUGAAGAUGAACCACACACUGAAGAAGAGCCAGCAGGACAGCAGAGCUCAUAAGCGAAAGUGGUGCUAAUCAAUCACCUGCCCUGUCAGCUCAUUUUUUACUGAAUAUGCUCACAUGCUACAAUUUAAUGUUUUUCUUUGCACGUUUAUUUUACCUCAUUCAGAUCCCAUUUCAGAAAGAAUUUAUGUAUAAGAACAAUAUAAAAUGUAAUUGUUGACAUUUCUCAAUCAGUCGGUGUACAAAGGCUGCUUUUAUUUGAUCAAAAUGGAGUAGAAGCUGCUAAUACUGUAAAAUAUAAUUACAAUAAAGAAGUAUUUUUAUCUGAAUGUAAUAUAUUCCUGUAAUGGCAAAACUGCAUUUCCAGCAUCAUAACUCCACUCUUCAGUGUUACGGAAAUCAUUCUAAAAUGAUUUAUUUCUCAAGAAACUUUUCUCAUUAUUAAUAAUUUUGACAUCAGUUGUUCUUCUUAAUGUUUUUGUGAAAACUGUUUUUUUUUUUUCUCCAAGAUUCUUUUUAAGAAAUCGAAAUUGCUAAAUGUUCUGAAACAACACUUCUGAAUAUUUAGCACCAUUAUAAGUUCAUUUACGGUAAGUCUUGAUCAACGCAGUGUGUCCAGAGUAUUAUUUUAAAAAAUAUAUUAAUAAUUUACUGAACCCCUUCAUUAGAACAGUACUGUUGUAAGCUGACAUUAAAAAAAAUACAUGAAUGAAAAAAAUAUAACAUAAAAAAAACAGUCCAUUUAUGUUCUCACCACAGUAAUGUUUCGAGCUUAAACGCUCUUCAUCAGACAAUGCUCAUCAAUAAAAGAGUGUUUAAGCUCGAAACAUCACUGUGGACAGAACAUAAUUAUUUCAAAUAAAUACAUCACAAGUUACUUUUACAUAAAUGCAUUACAAUUACUUUUCUAGUUUUAAUUGUAAAGCCACAUAUUUAUGUAUUUGUACACUUUCCAAACGUGCAGCAAACUAUCUUUAUAAAUCCAAUAAGAUCACCGCUUGCUUAAAAAUAAUGAUGCAGAAUUCGAUACAAAUGCAUUAAAAAUGCUUGACAGCUUUCAUUUGUAUGGUCUGAACACACUGAUUAAUAAAACUGGUAUUGUAUUUUGGCAACGUUGAAUGAAUAUGUAAUAAAACUUCUCAUCGUGCUUAUUAUA